CACCAACUCUCUCCUGGUAGGGAGAGUGAAAAAGUGGACGGCAGAUGGCACCCACCGCCAGCCUUGUCGCAUCCAGGCAGCGGAAUGAGCCGCAUCCGAUGCCUAUUCCACUCAUUGGCUCGUUGUGUCGGGUGUCGGGUGCUCCUCUACACCGCGUCUGAGUGGUUGCGGGCUGUUGCAGACAUGGCGUCGCCGUCCAGUUCACUGCUGCUGCUGCCGCCGCUGGCGCUGUCGCUACUCGCGAUGGUGGCGCCGCCACCGGCCGCCGCGCACACCUACCACAUGGGCAAGUGUCCGCGCGUGCCGCCUGUCGACGACUUCGUCGCCAGCAAGAAGACGUCGACGCGCGUGCGCUGCCUGCGCAACGAGUACUCGUGGGCGGAGGGCGCGGGCGCGGGCGCGGGCGAGUGGGCGGAGGAGCAGGCGGGGGCGCCGCUGGCGCUGCUGCAGCGCAUGCAGCUGCCGGUGCCGGCCGUCAACAACGCCGUGCGCUACGCCGGCAGCCUGCGCCCCGCCGACCGGCCCGGCGCCUACAUCGCGCGCUUCCCGCUCAGUGUGGCGCGCGUGGGCGGGUCAGUGUUGCCAUUGCGUGGGACGUGCGUUGCAGACAUGUUGGGCGCCGCGUCGUACGUCGUGGUCGACACCGACUACGACUCCUUCGCCGCCGUCUACUCGUGCCAGCAGGUGGCGCUCUGGUACAGGCACUCCGCCUCCAUUAUGGCGCGAGGCCGCACGCUCUCGCCCGACAUCAUUCGCAAGCUUCGACGGGAGCUAACAGCCCACGGCGUCAACGUGGAUGACCUGAACGAAAUCAAGCAGUCAUGUGGCCCAGAUGAGGAAGAGCAGGGCAUCCAGGUGCACAUCAAGCCCAACGUGUUCCGCAGCAACGCGACGGCGCUGCUGGAGGACGCCAACGACUCCGUCAAGGCGGCGGCGGACGCGGCCAAGCGCGCCAUCGACGUGUACAACACGGUGCAGACGGUGUACGCGGGCGCCAGCGCGGCGGCGGGCAGGCGGCGGCGGCGCGAAGCUCGGCCGCAGCGAAAGCCGCACCCCGACCCGCGCGAGGAGCAGCUGCUGCGCCUGCGCCUCGACUGGCUGCCCUGAGCGCUGCGCGCGGACUGGGCGCCUGCCGGGCUGUGCGCGCUCGCUCUCUUCAACCCUCGCUUCACACGAUGCGAGGGAACGCGGUGGGGGACACGACUAUUACGCUCGGUUUGCUAUGUAAAAUAGACGGUGGUUACACGGAAGCGAGCAUUUCUGGAUAUCAGAUUUGGUCAUCAAAGCUCCUUGCUAUAAUUGAUUCUCAAUUCAACUAAUGUAAGUAAAGGAGUUGGGGCAGGUCUUCCAGAGCUCAAGAAAACGUGCGUGUAUGAUACAAGAAGGCUUUGGCGUUACGUAUUACGACAGGUGCAGCCCUUAAAUGUUCAGAUAUCUCACAAAACGUACCGUGAAACAUUUUAAGAGAAGCCGAUGUGUUCCAAGAUUCUUUAAAAAAAUCGGAGUUUUCGAAUUUUACAUGUUUAAAUAGCCUGCUUUAUUCUGUGUUGGAACUUGUGUCAUGACGAACGAACAAUUGUAUGCCUAGUUGUUAGUUUUUUAAUGUUGAUGAAUCAUGUCUAUUGACUUCAACAGUAUUUUUAAAUAUAUGAAAACUAUUUUUUUCCUGGAGCAUUUAAAAAUUAUUUUAUUUUGCUUAAGUUUCAUGCACUGUAGGACUAUUGGGAAAUUCAUGUGUAGUUUGUUUGUCUGUGUUCAUUUUUUAAAUAUUGAACGAGUUAUGAAUACAUAUCAAUUGCAUAGGUAAACUCGAAACUCUUUUCUCAUAAUUACUUUUAUCUUCUGCUUAUGUACCAAGUAAUUUUGCAGUAGGUUCUGUAUGUAGGUAAACAUUUGUCAACAAAAUAAUGUAUUUUCGUUGCUUCAAUACUUUGCUAGAGAUAUCACUAAAAUGUGUAGGAAAAUUAAUAUUAAACAAUCUAACUAAAACAAAAUCAACUAAUAAUGUGAAGAUUCAAAAUUCAAUCUAUAGAUUAAAGUUAGAUUUUUUGUCGAAAUAAUACAAAAAUUGGAAAAUUUUGAUUGUUACUUUCAAUAUGCUUUCGCCUCCUCUUAAAAGGAUUUUGAGAAUUAUUAUAUAUUGCACAAUUAAUUUUAACCACGAAGAACACAUUUUUAAUGUUAUUUUAAAUCCGAUUUUCUAAGUUAUUUUUUGUUAAUUUAAAGUGCGCCGUCAUUAUUCAUUCAUUCACCAAAUUGGUGUUAACUCGAACUAUUAGUUUGUCAUAUUAGUUUGCCGGCAAUUUAGGCGCGUGACGGAUGAAGUAUUUGGUGCUGCGCGGUUCAAUCCAUAAUAUUAAUGCUAGAAUGCAGUUAAUCUUUGUAUUACGCAACGACGUAUACGAUGAUUGAUAACAGCUUCCUAAAUGUUCAAUGCAGUGAAACUGGACACGAUUGUCAUGAAAACUAGAGCAACGAGUCAGCAUUUUAUUUAUUCAAAUGCGCAAAAGUACGUUCUCAGGGUACUUUUUUUAUUAACGUUUGAUUGAUGUAGAGAAUGCAAUAGUUGAGUCUUUGUAUACAGUGAAUCAAAAACGUAGGAAAGGCUGUAUCAUUCGAUUCUAGACUAAAUUAAACGUACACAGCAACGAGACGUUAGGAAACGUGAGUCCGUGACCGUUUGUACGUUUGUAAAUCACUAUCAUUACGAUCGUCAUUUCGUAAUAUUUUUAUGUUUAUUUUUUUAUAAAUAAACCAUAAAAUACUACCACAAUGAGACUCAUUUACUAUCCAACUCACCACCACUAUCUCGCAACAUUCUUACAAUCAAGAAACACUACUCUUUCCAAGCGUUUUCUCUCUUCUGCCUCAAGUCUUCAUUGACAUUGCUUCUAAUAUUUUGUGGCCAUUAUAUUUGACAAAAUGUAUUAUUACAUCUAAAGGUUUUGAAUUAUUUUCAUAAUAUCACUGAAUUGGAUCAAAGAACGUUAGUUAUGCUGUAUUAUAUUAAUGUUUACACAAAACUCACAUAUUGUUGCUCACUUAAACUAAAACAUAUCGCAAGUGAACAAUUCUGUCACUGAUCUCGAAUGUAGGUACUGUUAAUUUAUAUCCUUUAAAACAAAACGACAUCCAUAUUACCAUCCAUCUUAUAGAUAUUAAGCAUCACAUCGUAAAUACAAAUAUGUAGUUAAGAACAACCUUAUUUUUAUUAUUCUUAUUUAGAACAAGUUAACUUUAUAAGAACAACCAAGAGGUAAUUGAUAUCUUAUUUUAAGAGUAUAGUCCACACAAAUUUAGUGUUGUUUUGGAGUGAUAUUAUUUUAUAUUCAUUUAUGUGCCAUGAACGCAUUUCAACAUGAACAUUUGAACAAAAACUUUAUACCCAAAGCCUAGUAAUGAAAGUAGUGUUUGAUAUCGAGUUCAUAAUAUGUACUUCAUACAAUAUUUAUUAUAUACACUAUUAUGUAUUUUACUUUUUUUGAGAACGUGGUACUUCUGUUUUGAGUACCUACGCUCAUAUAUUUUUACACAAAAUUAACAGAAGGCAAGAUUUAUCAAGGAGCAAAGUUGCUACAUUGUUAAGAUUUUUUAUAAUAAAAAUUUAGAACAUGAGUAUUCUUUGGAUAUGGUGCAAACCUUUUGGAAUUGUUUAUUCUUGUAACCUCUAAUUCAUUUCUCUUCUGUCAGACGUUGACGGUAAAUCGCGCUCAUCUUAGUGAAAUAUGAAAUAAGGAAUUAAUUUUACGGCAAUAUUAGUGAAAUUUAUAAAAUUCCUUAGCACCCGACAAAAUUACCAAAACGUAUUGAGCUAAUGAUAGACUCGAA